AUGACGUUUGAAAAUCAGCAUCGUUCGUCGGCCGCAGCCAAGUCAAGGGGAACAUUCAGGGACAAGAAUGGCAGCAACGCGGAGCCCAAGAAAACGACGAGAUUGGUGUUGCCGAAAAUCGCCCAGUCGCAAAACCAGAAAAUACGCUCCGGCCUUUCACAAGAUAAUCAUUCUUCGGAGGACGCGAUAUCGAGCAAGAUGGUGGGUAAAAUAGCAUCGACUUCAUCAAAGAAAAACAAAAUGGACAACCCGCAAGCAAUAAGACAACAAAGUAAGGAGGACCAAUCGCACACCAAAACAGAUCUGGCAGCUAAGAGUAAGAGUUGCCUGCCACCAAUUAACGAGAAAAAACAAAUGAAAGGUAUGAAGG